AUGUUGAAAAUUUUUGAGGAAUUCGCGCUACGAGCAACUGACUUCGUGUACGGUGAGGUGUACCGCUAUCCGUCACCUUCAGCGAGAAACCUGAGAGAUCGGUUGAACCCUCUAGAACUGUACAGCGAUGAAGAAUUUCGGUCAAGAUAUCGCUUCUCCAAGCAGUCGAUUGUGCUGCUACUGAAAGAGCUCCGGCUCAACAGAAAUGAUGAUAAAAGAGGUGAGCCUCUUCCGCCUGUGUUAAAGCUCCUCAUCACACUCCGAUUCUACGCAAGCGGCGCGAUGCAGACUGUUGUUGGUGACCUCGUCAACGUAUCGCAGCCAUCCGUGAGCAGGAGAAUCUGGGAGGUGACGCAAGCAAUCUGCGUGGGACUGGUCCGCAAGUACGUGCGCCUGCCGACAAGUGCAGAAGCGAAGUCCGUCAAGACAAGGUUUUACAAUAUCGCUGGCUUUCCGGGCGUCACUGGCUGCAUCGACUGCACGCACGUGCAAAUCAUCAGUGCCGGAGGAGACAACGCAGAAGUGUACUGGAAACGAAAAGGCGUGUUUUCGAUAAAUGUGCAGGCUGUGACAGGACCCGAGCUUCAGUUCUUUGACAUUGUUGCAGGUUCGCCUGGUUCUGUUCACGACAGCCGAAUUUUUGAAAACAGUCGUGUGAUGACGUCAUACUAG